AUGGGCCCUCGUGCACCCAAGCUACCUGUACACCAACUGGUAGUAUUAGCAAUAUGUCGGGUUGCGGAGCCAGUGGUCCUGACAUCUGUGCUACCAUAUCUCCCGGAGAUGCUAGAGGAUGUUGGUGUUCCAAAGUCCAGUCUCGGUAAAUGGGUUGGACUUGUAACAGCUACAACAUCAUGUGCUCAAGGUGUAACGGCUUUCUUUUGGGGAAUGCUGUCAGACUAUUGGGGCCGCAAACCAGUCAUUCUUGUUGGGUUGACAAGUACCAUGAUAUUUACCAUCCUCUUCGGCCUGUCCAAAAGUUUAACUCAGGUGCUCACCAUUCGCGCCAUUCUUGGCCUGGUGAAUGGAAAUGUUGGUAUUCUCCGAGCAAUGGUCGCGGAAAUGGUGCCAGAACCGUCGCUUCAGCCCCGGGCCUAUAGUAUUUUACCUUUGGUCUUCACCAUUGGAUGCAUUCUGGGUCCUUCCAUUGGAGGUGGGCUGGCUCGCCCUGCAGAGAGGUUCCCCUCAAUAUUUGAUGGCCCAUCGGAAAUUUGGAGAAAUUAUCCCUUCUUACUACCGAAUUUGGUUGCAGGAGGCUUCUUCUUGACAGGAAUAAUCACUGGAUUUCUCUUUCUACAGGAAACCCUCACUGCUCGCAAAGCGAGUCGUGACCCAGGUCUCAUUCUUGGAAAUAAGUUGAUAUAUCAUUUUCGCAGGACAACGAUUACUCAGGGGGAUAACGGUGGUGAACAUGAGCCUUUGCUUGGAUCGAGGGAUACCGUUACCGAAGGGGACUCGGCCAUGGUGGCAGAGAGACCAAGGUGGGUAGAAGUCUUUUCUUCUCAAUCAAACCUUGUUCUGCUUCUCUAUGCCCUUUUAGGAUUCCACACCAUGGCUUUUGAUACUUUGCUUCCUGUGUUUCUACAUCUGGAAAGCCAGCCAUUGCAUGCCAAUCCAGAAGUCCGAUUGCCCUGGAAGUUUUCCGGCGGAUUUGGAAUGAAUUCCCAAAUGAUUGGCACUAUGUCCACCUGCGUCGGCGUCUUUGGUUUCCUACUCCAAAUGUUGAUCUUUCCUCCAAUUGCAAAACGCUACGGCAUUCUACGAUGCCUUUGGACUGCCUCAAUCAUUUAUCCUUUCUUAUAUCUGGCAGUUCCAUUUGCUAUUUUUCUCCCACCCUCAUUGCAACCAGGAGGUGUCGGCCUGCUUAUGUUCAUAAAAUUGGCAGCGACCACUUUUGCCUUCCCGUGUUGUACCAUCCAAUUGACCAAAUCCGUGGGUCGGCUCUCCGCCCUGGGUACAUUGAAUGGAGUCGCGACCAGUGUGAGCUCAUUCGGAAGAGCCAUUGGACCCGCUGUUGUGGGUGCAACCUUCUCGUUUGGUGUUCAAAGAGGGUAUAUUAUUAUUACUUGGUGGAUAUUAGCAGCGUUUAGUACGUUGUCUAUCUUGUGUCUCCGCUGGAUUUCCGAUGAACCCAAGGAAUCUUUGUGA